GAUGUCUAGAACGGAGAGAAGUUCUGCCACCCGGACUCUCGAAGCAAACCCUGAGGUGGCCGGCUGGAUUCCGGUGUGCCGGGAGGCCGAGCGUCUGCUCACGCCCUCCCUGCUGUUUCCGGAGGGGCGCAGCAGCUGCGCCUUCGCCAUCAGCCCCCUGUGGGCAUGAGGCUGUGCUGGGGCGCUGCCGGGGGCUGCGGGCCACACCGCGUGUGGUCCGGCCGCCAGGCCGCCCUUAAGCCCUAGAGGAGGUUUAAUUAGGUUAUCAAUCCAGCCGAGGAGGCUGGGUGCAGAAAGGCUCCUCGGUGGAGAGGGAGAAAAAAAAAAAAGAUGAACCAGCGAGACGCCCCUUCCGUUCUCUGAUACCCGAGCUGCAAGCAAACACUUCGGCUGGCCUCCCUGCAAUCUUCGGCAUUGACGAGCAAGUGCCUGUUCCGAUUCAUUACUCAAGCCAUAAGGACAUUUUUUAAAAAGGCACAAAAAUCUGCUAACAUGAGGUGUUGCCACAUCUGCAAGCUUCCUGGGAGAGUGAUGGGGAUUCGAGUACUUCGUUUCUCUUUGGUGGUCAUCCUUGUGUUGCUACUGGUGGCUGGGGCUUUGACCAAUUUACUCCCCAACAUCAAAGAUGACAAGAUGCUCUCUUCACGUAGAGAAAUAAAACCCCAGGGCAAGUCCACCCUGGAUUCCUUUACUGUCAUAAUGCAGACAUACAACAGGACAGAUCUCUUAUUGAGACUUUUGAAUCAUUAUCAAGCCAUACCACACCUGCAUAAAGUGAUUGUAGUGUGGAAUAAUGUUGGGGAAAAGGGACCAGAUGAAGUAUGGAAUUCUUUAGGGCCUCACCCAGUCCCCGUGAUUUUCAAAGUACAAACAACAAACAGGAUGAGGAAUCGACUCCAGGUUUUCCCUGAAGUGGAAACCAAUGCGGUGUUAAUGGUAGAUGAUGACACGCUGAUUAGUGCACAGGACCUCACUUUUGCCUUCUCAGUUUGGCAGCAAUUUCCUGAUCAAAUUGUAGGAUUUGUUCCCAGAAAGCAUGUUUCUACUUCAUCAGGUAUCUAUAGCUAUGGAGGAAUGGAAUUACAAACUCCAGGGUUUGGAAAUGGUGACCAGUACUCUAUGGUGCUGAUUGGAGCCUCAUUCUUCAAUAGCAAAUAUCUUGAACUCUUUCAAAGGCAACCUGCAGCUGUCCAUGCUUUGAUAGAUGAAACUCAAAACUGUGAUGAUAUUGCCAUGAAUUUUAUGAUUGCCAAGCACAUUGGGAAGACAUCAGGGAUAUUUGUGAAACCCAUAAAUCUCAUCAAUUUGGAAAAAGAGACCAAUGGUGGUUAUACUGGAAUGUGGCAUCGAGCUGAACAUUUUCUGCAGAGGUCUUAUUGUAUCAAUAAGCUAAUUAAUAUCUAUGAUAGCAUGCCUUUAAAGUACUCCAACAUUAUGAUUUCACAGUUUGGUUUUCCAUAUGCCAACCAUAGAAGUAAAUUGUGAAAGUAGAGCAAACGAAAACACACCUGAAACCUGGGUGGCAGUUGAGUAGCUCUUCCAUGCUGUAUGCUUUGUUGUUUGAUUGUUACUGAUUAAAACAACAUCAUUUUUUUUUUUUUAGUUGAAGCCCAAAAUGCUUGUUUCACAAAAGCCUGUUGGUAUAGGGAAAAGCCAUGUGGGAGGGAAGGGUCUCAAUCCCAUAGGAAAACAUGAGGAAAAUUGAUGGCUGCCAGUCCUUCUCUUGUGGCUCUCGCAGACUUCCAAAACUCAUUCAUCCCAGCACGAUUUUGAUGCAACUGUCAGUGCCCUUAUAUUUGUUAAUAUCAGUCUGUUGUGACUGAGAAGGUCAAUUUUAGUAGCUGAAGGAUGUUUGGAUGUUUGCUUGGCUUUUGUACUUACUGCAUGAGUCACAGAAUAUUGCAGCCUAUGUUUCUUAUAUGCAACUUAAUGUUUAGCAAGUAGUAGUUGUGUUGUUAGAUUAAAUAGGACAUUUUGUCACUGAAUCUGACCUUAAGAAUUUAUGAUAAUUCUAACAUUUUAUAUAAAGUGUGUGUUGUUUAAGAAAUGGGUAUGAAGCACUUUAUAAGAAAUGAUUAAGUAAUAUCUGGAAGAAAUUAAAACCUUUAGUAUCAAAAGAUCAUUAUUGUUAAAACAGGUUAUCUUAUGAAUACUAAAAGUAGUGUGUAUUAUACAUACACAUACAGUGGAACCAAAAAAAUUUUUUUUCCAGAAAAGGUCCAAGGCAACAUUGGGCUAUUGGUCAUCAUGACAUUUUAGUUACAUAGAUCCAGGAAAAACUUAAAACUGAGUCACAGCAGAGGAAUUCUGCAUGAGUUUAAUAACGAGACUCUGUAUGUGAAUUACUGUCUGUUCCAGCCCAUGUGUGGCAAGGAAUGCUCAGUUAUACCUCUGUCUACUACUUUCUCCUCCGGGUUUUCCUGUUGCUUUUCCUCCAUCUCCUCCCAUAAUUCUGUAUACUUUUAGCAUUUCAAAGCUGUGAGAAUAUUAUAGUUAAUGUUACAAAAAUGAAAUAUUUGUACAGUUAGGUUAGUGUAGUGAGUAUGUUACCUUCUUAACAUUGGUAUAUGCAUGUCUUAACGCAAAUCAAAUUAAGAAAAAAAAACGAGCUUGGAACUUCAGUAAAGAUCAAUAAUGUAGACUGUCUUCUUUGUUCAACUUCAAACUUACCAAUAGUUGUUUUUUUGUUUGUUUGUUUG